AUGACUAUAUUGAGCGAUCCAGAGAUCCCCGAGACAUCAGGGCCUGCUGAUAACAAGUUUCUCUGUCUAACAAUAUGUGGCUACCGCAAGCCCGGCAUGAGUGAAGAAGAUUAUCGCCACCACAUGGUCAAUGUUUCUGCGCCCAUGACAAAAGAACUGAUGGUCAAGUACGGUGUCAAGAGAUGGACUCAGAUCCAUAACCAAAGUUCCACUCGGGCCUUGAUGAGCCAGCUGUUUGACCCUCAGAUGGCGAACAUUGCCGACUUUGAUUGCUUUAGUCAGGUUGUCUUUCGAAACAUCGAAGACUACAAACGUAUGAAGCAGGAUCCUUGGUAUAAAGAACACCUAGCGGGUGAUCAUGAGAACUUUGCCGAUACUAAAAGAAGCAUGAUCACUAUAGGUUGGAUUGAGGAGUAUAUCAGAGAUGGAGAGAUUGUUGAUGGAAUUGAGGGUUCUUAG